AUGGUGGAGAACUCAGACACAUUUGGGAUGUUCCAUACCAUAAGGCUUGACUUUAAGCGUUGGUUUCCAGCACCCUUAGCCUCUCACAAGACCCUUUUUGCGUUCCUGUGGAUUGCUGCAUUUGCUUCUGUUUUCCUUUGGCAGAGGAAUGCAGUUACUGCGUUCUUGGUGUUGGGUGGUGGUGUUCCGGUGAUGCCAUUGCCGAUGCUGCGGCCAGUGGUUUUUAAUUUGACGGAUUUUGGUGGGGUUGGAGAUGGUGUUACUCUGAACACUGAAGCCUUUGAGAGGGCUAUUUCUGCUAUCUCCAAGUUGGGGAACAAUGGUGGUGGCCAACUGAAUGUGCCACCUGGUCGUUGGCUUACAGCACCCUUUAAUCUAACCAGUCAUAUGACUCUUUUUCUAGCUGAAGAUGCUGUCAUACUUGGAAUUCAGGAUGAAAAGUAUUGGCCUUUGAUGCCUGCAUUGCCUUCAUAUGGGUAUGGUAGGGAACACCCUGGCCCUCGAUAUAGCAGUUUGAUUCAUGGUCAAAAUCUUAUAGAUGUUGUGAUAACAGGGCAUAAUGGUACCAUAAAUGGACAGGGACAAACAUGGUGGAAAAAAUAUCGCCAGAAGCUUCUCAACCACACAAGGGGGCCACUUGUUCAGAUCUUGUGGUCUAGUGACAUUGUGAUCACUAAUAUUACCUUGCGUGACUCUCCUUUUUGGACACUUCAUCCAUAUGACUGCAAGAAUGUUACUAUAAAAAACGUUACAAUAUUGGCUCCAGUAUUUCAAGCUCCAAAUACUGAUGGCAUAGAUCCUGAUUCUUGUGAGGAUAUGUUGAUAGAGGACUGUUACAUAAGUGUUGGGGAUGAUGCAAUUGCAAUAAAAAGUGGUUGGGAUCAGUAUGGAAUUGCUUAUGGAAAACCUUCCAGGAAUAUAGUAAUCCGAAACCUUGUUGUUCGCUCUAAUGUCAGUGCUGGCAUAUCAAUAGGCAGUGAGAUGUCUGGUGGGGUAUCCAAUGUAACGGUGGAGAACAUUCUCGUAUGGGAAUCUAGGCGUGCUAUAAGGAUCAAGACUGCACCUGGAAGAGGUGGAUAUGUGCAACAAAUAACUUACCGGAAUCUAACGUUUAACAAUGUUCGUGUUGGAAUUGUUAUCAAGACUGAUUACAAUGAACACCCUGAUGCUGGAUACGAUCCUAAAGCACUUCCACUACUUAGAGACAUAAGUUUCAUCACUGUCCGUGGCCAUGGAGUUCGUGUGCCAGUAAGGAUUCAAGGUAGUGAACAGAUUCCAGUUAGAAAUGUGACUAUCCAGGAUAUGAAGGUUGGAAUAACCUCCAAGAAGAAGCAUAUUUUCCAAUGUGCCUAUGUCCAAGGUCAGGUAAUAGGGACCAUUUUUCCUGCUCCAUGUGGGAACUUUGAUCAGUACAAUGAGCAAGGCCAGCUGGUUAAGCAUUCUGUGUCCCAUAAUGUAACAGAUAUAGAUUAUGAAAUUUGAGGUAGCCUUUGUUCCAUUAGUCAGGCCUCAAUGUAUGUCUGAUUAUCUAUUAGAUCAUUUUUGUAAGGGGUUGUAGCAGUCAAGUCAUACUUUUUUUUUUUUUUUCCUUAAUUCAUUUAUAGUUUUCUUAGGUGUUAAGUUGUAUAUAGGAAAAAUUU